CGUCACACACAUCAAGGAAAACCACUAUGCCGCCUAGCUUCCAUGUAAACCCUGCAAGCGUUUCAAGGCAAGACGCAGUGGAAGGCGCCAGUUUGUCGUGCCAAAACAAUGGAAGUACAACUUGAACAGCCGGAUGAAGACCUCUCAUUUAGUAACACAGAUGCUAAUGGUAAGCGGCCAGCUGAGGACAUGGACGAGGAGCACGCCUUUAAACGCUCUCGCAAUGCAGACGAGAUGUUGGAACUGCGCGUGCUGCUCCAGAGCAAAAAUGCCGGCGCCGUUAUUGGAAAGGGUGGCAAGAACAUAAAGGCCCUUCGCACCGACUACAAUGCCAGUGUAUCAGUCCCAGACAGCAGUGGCCCAGAGCGGAUCCUGAGUGUGAACGCCAACAUCGACACCAUUGGAGAGAUUCUACUGAAGAUUAUACCCACUUUAGAGGAGUACCAGCACUACAGUGGCAUCGACUUUGACUGUGAGCUCCGCCUGCUGAUCCAUCAGAGCUUGGCCGGCGGCAUCAUCGGCGUGAAAGGUACCAAGAUUAAGGAGCUGCGAGAGAAUACGCAGACCACCAUCAAGCUGUUCCAGGAGUGCUGUCCACACUCCACUGACAGAGUUGUUUUGGUGGGAGGGAAACCAGAGCGAGUCAUUGAAUGUAUCAAAGUUAUCUUGGAAUUGGUGUCGGAGGCGACAAUCAAAGGCCGAGCCCAACCCUAUGACCCAAACUUCUACGACGAAACCUACGACUAUGGCGGGUUCACCGUGAUGUUUGAGGAGCGGAGCAGGCGGCCCAUGGCGGGCUUCCCCAUACGCGUCCGAGGUGGCUUUGAACGCUUGCCACCCGUGCGCAGCAGCCGACCCCCUCCUCCCUCCAGACGGGAUUACGACGACCUGAGCCCCCGCCGGGGUCCCCCGCCGCCGCUGAGCAGAGGUCGCGUGGGCAGCAGAGCCCGCAACCUGCCCCUCCCCCCGCCGCCACCGCGAGGAGGGGGCGAUAGAUUCUCUCACGGGAGUUACCAUGAUGACAGACCAAGUGACAGAAGAAGCCGAGGAAGUGACCGCUACGACAGCAUGAGUGGAGGCGGUUAUGACAACAAUUCCUGGGAUCAUUUCCAUUCUGGUGGCCGAGGCUCAUACAGCGACAUCGGAGGUCCCGUCAUCACAACACAGGUCACCAUUCCCAAAGAUCUUGCUGGCUCCAUCAUCGGCAAGGGUGGCCAAAGGAUCAAGCAGAUCCGCCACGAGUCCGGGGCGUCCAUCAAGAUCGACGAGCCGCUAGAAGGUUCGGAGGACCGCAUCAUUACCAUCAUAGGAACGCAGGACCAGAUCCAGAACGCCCAAUACCUGCUGCAGAACAGCGUGAAGCAGUACUCCGGUCGGUUCUUCUAGGAAGGAAUGAACCGGCGGGAAGCCACGCCGUACGUACUGUUCACUCCUUCACUUCAGAGCCGACAUUCCUCUUCCGUGGAUGGAUCACAAUCUGUCGUCCCAGCUUCUACAGUAUUGAUAGCACCUCUGGAAAAUCAAGGAGCCCGUAACGUGCGAUUAUUUUUCAGGACGUUCUCAUUCGUGACACCAUUUAAAGUGAAAUCAUUUUUGGUGUUGUUUGCCACUGUCCAGCCUGCGUUGCAGUGCAGCAUGCAGAACGUAAGCAUUUUUGUUUUUUUUGACUGUUUCUGUGAUUUUUCAGCUUCAUACUCUCCGAAGGAUGAUGUUUGGUUUUAGGGGUGGUUAAGGAUGCGUCUUUUAUGCUAAAAUGGGCUCCAUGCUGGGGAAUCAUGUUUUUGCCGCAAAUAUCACAGCGGUCAGCUGGCCUAGCAGACCGGAAACAGCUUAGCUUAGCUUAGCUUAGCUUAUGUCAAACGCAAAAGUAGUCGGCCCGCGCAUCAAAACAACUUCUUAAAAUGGCUUCUUCACCAUCUCUUUGCUACAGCUAACAUUUUAGCAUCAUUCUUCAAACACUGUUCUCCAAAUAUGACACUUUUUGCUUUAAUGUUCGAUGAAUGUGCCAGUUUGAUAUAUCAAGAGAUUUUUUUAGGGAUGUUUUUCAUAGAGAAUCGAGGAAGCUGUACAAAUAUGUGUGUGUGUAUAUAUUUACAAAGACACCGUUUCAUCAAGUUUUUCUUGUCUGUAUCAAAGAAAUUUGAUACAGUUUUUUUUUUGUGAUAGUUCAUUGUAUUCCUGCAUUGGGUGUUUUUUAUUUUGAAAACCUGUAACCAUUUUUAAAAUGUCCGUAUCUGUUUGAUAUCCUGCAGGUGUUGGCUAAAUAAACGGUUUUGCACCCAC